AUGUCUCGGUCCUUCAAGGGCUGCAAGCGUUGCAAAGCAAGGAGGCAGAAAUGCGACGAGCAACAUCCAGAAUGCGGUCGAUGCAAGGCAACCGGAGUGCAAUGUAGAUACGCCAUGGAGCUGCAGUGGGGUGGACGAGCGUUCUCACGAUCGAGAUUUGGCGACUGCGGGCCUGGAAUGCAGAAACUGGAAUAUUCCCCGGGACAGUUUAUCUACACUACAGUGAAAUCUGAAGGUGCCUCACCUGCAUCGUCGCCAAAAACUACUACCGCUUCUUCACCAUCUCCCUCGCCAUCUGCGGACUUGUCAAUCGCUCGCAGGAUUGACCCGUUCUCUUCCUUGUCACCUAGUCAAAAGGCGCUUCUCCACCAUUUCAUUAGCGAUGCAUCACGUGUCACGUCAUCUCAUGGUGGAAUGCAGCAGGAGAUCUGUCAGAUGAUCGUCCCCAUGGCUCUGCAGACACCAUCUCUUCUAUAUGCAACCAUGGCUUUGUCCGCCAUCCACAUUGAGGCCUUAAACAAUCAUUCCGGAACAGUCAAGGCCGCCCCAGAUAUUGCGAGAUUGAUGGCACGCAGUCUGGAACACUUCCGCCUAGAAUUACAGGAUUCCUCGCGCAAAGGCUCGGACGUUCUUUUGGCCACCGCACGCACGCUAUGUCUGGCCGAGAUACAUUCCGGUGCUAUCCAGCCAAACACGUGGAGAGCACAUGUGGAAGGGGCUAAGGCGUUGAUGAGCACAACGACACAAUCGUCAUACACCCCGGCGACGGCGUUUCGCAAGUACCUCGAUCGUUGGUAUCGAUCGAUCGUUGCCCUUACAGCACUCAACGGAAAUGGGCCUCCUAUUGGUGAAACGUGGGCUCAAACGGAGACGUCUGUAUCUGAUGACCCGGAUUAUCUGGAUGAUUAUUGGGGAUUCACUGUCCACUUAGCUGACAUUUUCCGAGAAAUCGGAGCUUUGGCAUGGCAGCGACAUCAAGACGCCAUCACCACGACCCAGCUGAAAACCUUGGAACCAACGAAGAAGGAUGAGGAUGCAGAAAUGAAUAUUGACGAACAAGCAGCGAGAUUGGAAAAGUCUGUUCUCGGACUGAUAGCUCGUUAUAAUCAACAUGGCGGACUUGUCUUUUAUCCGGGCGUGAAGGAAAAUCUGUCUGAAGAGUCGGUACAGGAGUUUAUGUUAUGCAACGAGGCUUUCCAACACACUGCACUGAUACAUAUCCACCGCCGAGUACGUAAAGUGCCUGCUUCCUCGCCUGACGUACAGUAUUCAGUUAAACGAAUUCUGGCAUGUACAUCCCAGAUUGUCCCCCGGAGCGGACUGAGUCCAUGGGUGAUGCUCACCACACCGCUGUUCACCGGUGGUUGUGAAGCGCUGGGUGAAGAUCGUGAUGCUUUCAAGCAACUGCUCACGUCAUUGCAUAAUACGACGCGCAUUCCGAACGUCUUGCAAUCGCUGGAGUUCCUGGAGAAAUAUUGGUUGCAUGGGGCGCAUACUAAGAAUGAAGAUUGGAGCCAUUUCCUAGACCGAAUGAGCUUCGACUUCAUUCCGUACUAA